AUGGCAGCAACAGCCUCGCGAUAUCGCGAGCCUGGCUUCGACGAGUCCUACCGCGGCCUAGCUUCUGGGUCCGCGGUGUCGAGGCUGGCACCACAGGUCCAAGCUGCUUCCGGGCAUCACCCGCACAUGGACGAGGUCGACGAUACCUUUUUCGAGGCCGAGCAGAACAUGGACCACGGCGAGGGCGCGUCGCUGCCCUCGAGCAGGCAGCAUCCCUUUGCCACCGCCAUGUCGCCCGUCGACUACGACGAGGAAGACGACGGCGCCUACGCCGCGCCCGAAGAGCACGUCGUCGCGCUCCACGACUUUGCCUCGUCCAACGCCACCUGCCUGUCGUUUACCGCCGGCCAGGUGAUCAAGGUCUUUAACCGCGACAGCUCCGGCUGGUGGGACGGCGAGCUCGACGGCGAACGCGGCUGGUUCCCGAGCAACUAUGUCGAUCAGGAGGGCGUCUACAUGGGCAGCACCAGCGUCGAGGCCGAUCCCCACGACGGGUCGGUGGGCGUGGCGGGCUACGCUGACCACGCCGGGGCAGAGGGGUACGGCGGCGGCGCGGGCGGCAGCAGCUACGAUGCUCGUUACUCGUCGCGUUCGUCGCCGACCGAGGCGGAACGCUACUACGACCCAAUGGCCCCGUCGCGCUCCGUGACGCCGACCUCGGCGUCUUGGGCCGACCACGGCAACGCAGGCGUGCUCGAUCCGAUCCUCCACGCCAUCGCGCUCCUGCACAACGCGGUGAGGGCGAACCGCGUCGCCCACUUCCAGCCCUCGACCGCCUGCGUCAUCUCCUCGGUCCGGUCCGUGCUGUCGGCCACCGACUGCCUCACGCGCGAGUCGCCGGUGCUCAAGGCGCAUCCUCCGCUGGCCAAGGAGCGCAAGGCGAUCCUGUCCGAGCUCAGCCGGCUGGUGGCCCAGGCCCGCAAGGCGUCGGCGCCCAUGGUCGACGAGACGCUGCGCGACCACGAGAUGGACGCCAUGCUGCAGAUGGCGGAGCACGUGCUCAAUAACGUCCGCCGCUUCCUCCAGGUCGCCGUCGAGUGCGACGUCGCAGUGCCGGAGCGGCGCUCCUCGGUCUACGACGACCUGUAUACCGACGAGCCCCGGAUGCUGACCGGCGCGCGCAGCCGUAUGGCCCAGGAACGGCGUGAGCAGGACAAGACGCCGACGCCGGAUUCGGCCGGCCGCCUCUCUGCCGCAGGCCACCACGCGUCUGCAUCGGCACAGUACCCGCCGAGGGUGGCCAAGAGCCACGGCGACCUCCGCAAGAUGAUGCACUUUUCCCGCCGCAAAGGGUCCGACCCUUCGAGCGAGGAGAGUUUCGAGGCCGAUGCCGUCGCCAACGCGCGCUCGGCUUCCCACAACCGGCUGGUGGCCGGGAGCCGGGAUGCCGUCCGUCCCCGGACCGACUCGAGCUCCGACUCUCCCGACUCUGCCUCCGGCUACGAGGGCGUCGCAUCGCGCAGCGACUCGGCCGACUCGAUGACCGAGGUCGGCCCUGUGGAGAGGUAUCCUCAGGAGGUGAUGCGCCGCCUCAGCCUCGCCAACGACCAGUUGCUGUCGACGAUAGCCGCCUUCAUCGGCCACGCCCACACCCAUACUGCAGAGAGCCACGCGUCGAGCUACGCCCGCCUGAUCGACAUGACGCGCGAGGCGGUGGACGGCGUGCGCAACCUGCUGCUCGUCGUCGAGGCGGUCAACAACAAUGCCACGCUCCAGGCCCAGCGGCCGCGAGAGACGGCGAUCCUGUGGGAGACCCGCGAAAGCCUGUACGAGGCGACUACGGUGCUCGUGACGGCGGCUCGCGUCAUCACAUCGGCUCCCUCCGCGGCUGCGGCGGCCGCGUCCGGCCCAGCCACCGAUACCGAAGACAAGUCUCGACUGCUGCAGGCGGCCACGGGCGUGCUCCGCACCGGCGGCGAGUGCGUCGGAGCGGUCCGCCUCUGCCUCGACAAGCUCGAUCCCUCGGUCACGAUCGCCCUCUCCGAGCCGAGCCGACCCAGCUCGGGGCGCACUGCAGGAUCGGCUCCACGUCGCAGCAGUCGGCGCGCACCCGACGCCCCGACCAGCAACCACAGCGAAGCGGGCGACGACGCAGCCGACGGCAGAGGAGACGACGAUGGCGAUCGUCAAGGGACUUCCACGGGCAUCCGGAGAGGGACCCACACGCUGUCGUUCCUGGGCAGGAAGGCUACCAGCUUGACCUGCCUCAAGGAAAAGUACGAGAGGGAUGGCUACGUGGACCGCUUCGACAGCGUCACGGAAGACUACCUCGACGAGGAGGAGCGGGAGAGCGAGGCCGAUGUCGCCGACGCGAUGUCGGCGGCGACCAAGCCGGUGCCCUCGGGCGAUGGCGGCUCUGCCGCGGCGACGGCGUCUUCGAGGCGGAGUCGCCGCACCGACAGCCAACGGGAGCUGCGCCUCGACGCUGCGACCGGGGCCGACUCGACGAGCGAGCCCAUGUCUCGCGAGCACUCGCGGACGUCGGGCUCGACGCUCCAGUCGGGCCGGUCCGACUACACGGCCGACACCUCGGCCCGUCCUUCGCUCGACUUCAGCAACGCCUCGGAAGGCGGCCUGGCGUCCGGUUCGAUCCAGGGCAGCUUCAGCCGCGAUCGCGACCUGACCCGACAGCUGGGCCCCAUCUCGACGAGGCGCGCCAGCGAGGCGCCGGCGAGGUCGGCGACGCUCGUCAGCCCUACGAGGUCCGUGGCCGGCGGCGCUGCCGGCAAGCAGGUGCAGGUGCAGGUGCAGGGCCAGGGGCAGCUCCGCGCGCGCGCCGGGACUGUCUCGGGCAUGCCCAACUCGGCCCUCGCACUCGAGGCGAGGCUCGCCAAGCCGGGCUACGAGGGCGUCGAGGUGAUGUACAACUCCGAGGGCCAGGUGACGGGCGCCACGCUCAAUGCCCUGGUGGGCAAGAUGACGCCGCACGGGUCCACCGUCGACGCCACCGUCUCGGGCGCCUUUUUCCUCUGCUUCCGCCUCUUUACAUCGCCGGGCGAGCUGCUCGAGGCGCUGGUCACCCGGUUCGACCUGCAGCCCUCGGACGACGUCAAGGCCAACGAGGCCGACCUGGCCAACUGGAGGGACCGCGUCCUGGUGCCCGUCCGGCUGCGCGUGCUCAACUUCCUCAAGAGCUGGCUCGAGAGCCACUGGCACCCGCCCACCGAUCAGGCCAUCCUGGAACGGCUGAUCGCAUUCACCCAGCAGGCCGGCACCGGCGCGCUGACGAAGCCCGCCCAGCGCCUCGAGGAGCUGGCGCGCAAGCGGCUCGCCACCAAGGCGUCCAAGGCCAACGUCCUCGUCGGCAACCAGCGUGGGCCGGGCAGCCUGCAGCGGAUCAUCUCGUCCGAGGGGCUCAAGAGCGGGUCGGCGGCGCUCGCCAUGACCGAUACGUCGCAGAUGUACGCCCCGUCGGCGUUUGCGCGCGGCGGACCGGCGCCGCCGGCGUCGAUUGUGUCCAAGGCGCUGCUGUCCAACCUGCGCUCCGACAACCUGCAGAAGGUCAACAUCAUGGACUUUGACCCGCUCGAGCUGGCGCGGCAGCUGACGAUUGUCGACAGCAAGCUCUACUGCGCCAUCCAGCCCGAGGAGCUGCUCGGCUCCAAGUUCACCAAGGAGACGCUGGCGGCCGCCGGCGGCGCCGGCGGCGACGACACCAACGUCAAGAGCAUGAGCUCGAUGAGCACGCGCAUCACGGGCUGGGUGAGCGAGUGCAUCCUGGGCGAGGCCGACGCGCGCAAGCGCACGCAGCUGGUCAAGUUCUUUAUCAAGCUCGGCGACCGGUGCGAGGCGCUCAACAACUUCCACACGCUCAUGGCCAUCCAGUGCGCGCUCAACUCUUCGACGAUUGCGCGGCUCAAGAAGACGUGGGACGGGCUGCCGCAAAAGUACCGCACCAUGAUGGACCACCAACGGCGGUCGAUUGAGCACACGCGCAACUACGCCGGCUACCGCGCCCGCCUGCGCUCCACCGAGCCGCCGGCGGUGCCGUUCCUGGGCCUGUUCCUCACCGACCUCACCUUCUGCUACGAGGGCAACGCGCCGACGCGGCCGUGCCCGGCGGCGCCCGACAAGAAGCUGCUCAACUUUGACAAAUACGUCAAGAUCAGCCGCAUCAUCAACGAGAUGCAGCGCUUCCAGGCGCCCUUUAACCUGGUCGAGGUGCCCGAGAUCCAGAGCUACCUGCGCACCGCGCUCAACGACGUCACGUCCGGCAGCGGCGGGCUGGGAGCCGACGACCUCUACCGCCGCAGCCUGCUGCUGGAGCCGAGGGGCGGCGGUACGGCCUCGACGUCGGGCCCGAACGGCGCCAACCCCACCCCGGCGUCGAUUGCGAUGCGCAACAACGGCGGCGACGGCAAGACGGGGCUCGACAUCUUCAACUGGAGGACCGAAAAGGCCUAG